AAUAAAGUUGCGAUUCAGCUGUCUCCGAUCCCCUCUGUCCUUGAAAAUCCUCUCGUUUUCGAGUCUUCAAUCUUCAGAGCAAUAAAAAAUUCCCAAAAACCGACCAAAAGAAGGAGAUGUCGACUCUUACAGUUCCCGCACAAGUACCCUCCGUCACUGAAGACGUCGAGCAACUCCGUAAAGCCUUCGGAGGAUGGGGAACUAAUGAAGAUUUAAUCAUAUCCAUAUUGGCUCAUAGAAAUGCUGCUCAACGCAAGUCAAUUCGACAAACUUAUGCUGAAACAUACAAUGAAGAUCUUCUCAAAGCACUGGACAAAGAGCUUUCAAAUGACUUUGAGAGGUUGGUACUGCUCUGGACUGAACCUGCUAAACGUGAUGCAGUUUUGGCUAAUGAAGCUACAAAGAGGUGGACUUCAAGCAACCAGGUUCUAGUAGAAAUAGCUUGUGCAAGGUCUCCACAUGAACUACUUCUUGCAAAGCAAGCCUAUCAUGCUCGUUUUAAGAAAUCCCUUGAAGAGGAUGUUGCACAUCACACAACUGGUGACUUCCGCAAGCUUUUGGUACCGCUUGUGAGCGCAUAUCGGUACAACGGAGAUGAGGUGAACAUGACACUCGCAAAAUCGGAGGCUAAGAUUCUCCAUGAGAAUAUUUCGAAGAAACAUUACAGUAAUGAGGAUCUCAUCAGGAUUCUGGCUACAAGGAGCAAAGCACAGGUCAAUGCAACACUGAAUCAAUACAAAAAUGAAUUCGGGCAUGAUAUACUCGAGGACUUGGAAGCUGAUCCCAAUGAUGAGUUUCUGUCAAUACUGAGAUCAACGGUGAAGUGCUUGACCUGGCCGGAGAAGUACUUUGAGAAGGUUCUUCAACUGGCAAUAAACAAGCGAGGAACAGAUGAAGGGGCUCUGACUAGAGUUGUGGCUACGAGGGCUGAGGUUGACAUGAAGAUCAUAAAAGAGGAGUAUCACAGGAGGAAUAGCAUUCCUCUGGAUGUUGCCAUUGCCAAGGACACCACCGGAGACUAUGAAAAAAUGCUUCUUGCCCUGGUUGGACAUGUGGAUGCCUAAGAGCCAAUCUGUUUUACUGAGUUUCCAUGUGCUGGUGGUCGCUGCUUUUUUUCAUUUCAAUGGUUGCAUUUUGCUUGUGCUGGUUGCAUUUUGCUUGUGCGUUUUCUUUGGAUGUGUCUUGUGCAUUUGGUUUUGUGGUUUGCCGUUUUCCAGAAAAAAGACUUCAUAUAUAUUAUCAUAAAUAAUAAUAUUAUUAUAUUAUGCUUGAACUA